AUGAGUUAGUCUAUUUCAUAAUAAAUUUGUUAGUUUUUAAAAUCAGAUCAGACAUAUCAACAUAUCAAACCAUUUCUUGAAAAAAUUAGUGAAAAAGAUCGGUAAUCCUUUUAUUUAUAAUAGAUAAUAUUAUAAACCUAUUUGUCAAUCAAUUUUAACUAUUUUUGAUUAAAAAGAUCCUGUUUAAUGUUUUUUGGCAGCUAGAAUGGCAAAAGAAGCAGUUGAGAGAAAAAAUAAUGAAUUUUUAACUAUUUUUUAAGAUGAUUGCAUAAAAAAAUAUGAGUAAUUAGCUGAAAUUAUAUAAAAUCAAAAAGACUCACAAAACUCAAAUUAAUUUUUUUAGAAUAAUGAGAGAAGUCCUUUUGGAAUAAGUUUUUUUCAUUUAGUUUUAGAAAGUAUUAAAAACUGGGCAAUUUAAUUUCCAAAAAAAGAUGAUGGAAUUACUCCAACAAAAUUCUAUUAAGCUUUUCAUUAUCUAGAAGAGAAAGGAAUAUCAUUUCCUUCAACUUUUUACUUCAAAACGAAAGAAUAAAGUGCAGCAUAAGCGAGUGCACCAAAAUAAAACGAAUAAAAUAUUAUUUAAGAUCUUUAGUAAUAAUUGAAAAUUACGGAAGAAUAACAUGAAAUGUAAAUAAAAAUAUAUCAAUUGGAGAAUCAAUCUAAAUUACAAAAUCUAGAAGAACAAGUUAAAUAUUAUAAAAAUUUACAUCUUUAAUAAUAAGAAGAAAUCAAGUUCUAAAAAUAUAAAGAGGUUUCAAAUAAUAAUAUUUAAGAUGAACUCUUGUAAGUCAAAAAGUAAUUGAGAUCGUUAGAAGAAAAAGAAAGAAACUAUUUGUAAAGUUUAAACGAUCUCAAAUAUUAAUUCUAGUAGCUUAAAUAAGAGAAUUAAUCUCUUAAAAGAUAUCAAGAAAGUCUUUUAGAGAAAAUUAAAAAUUAAGAAACUCUUUUAGACAAAGUUAAAAAUUCAGAAAAUACAAAAUAGGUUAAAAUUGAAAAUUUUUCAAAUUAAGUUCAAGAACUAUAAAAAAAUUACAUGAAUUUAGAAAAUUAAUUUAAAAUCAAAUAAAAAGAAAGCGAAGAUUAUUAGACGAAAUAUUUAGAAUAAAAGUAAAAAUUAAAUUAAUUGAAUUUGUAAUUGACAGCAAAAGAAAAAUUAAUCCCAGAAAAAAAUGUAUCUAAAGAUAAUUCCAUUUAGCAAUUCGAAUAAUAAAUUUCUAAUUAUUAAUAAAAAAUUUAAUAGUUAGAGGGAAAAAUAAUGUCAUUAGAAGAAGAGAAAGUGAAAUUAUAAAAAUAAUAAAAAGAAGCUAAAAAAACUUAGAGCUCUGAUAAUUAAAAAAUAAAUAUUUAAGUAGUAAAAAGGUAAAACUCCGUAUAAUUUUAAAAUUUUUUCUCUUAUGAACAAUAAUAAAAUAAUUAGUACUUUAAUUCAUAUUAUAAUUUUGAGGAAGAUUUAAAAUAAUUAUAGUUUAAGCCUUAAAUUUUAGAAGUUGAAAAAAUUGAUUCAGCACUUUAUUAUCCAUAUCCUUCAGCAGAGACAUAUUAUAUUAAUCGUCCUAUUAAAUCAAAUAAGGGUAAAAUAAUUUCAGAUCAAAUUUAAACUAAUAGUUGGAAAAACUUGGAAUCUUAAAAAAAAAUGAUCUUUUUACUUUAUCACGUAAACAGAACCUAAAUUAUUUUUAAAGAUUAACCUUUUAUUAAUGUAGCUAUUUUAAAAUCAGCUUAAUAUUUAGAAAAUGGUAUAAAAAUUAUUUUUGGUAUUUACAUUAAAAGUGAAUUAUAAGAAAUAAAUAUAUAAGGAAAGUUUCUUAAUUUAAACAAAAUGUCUAAUUAUUUCCAUACUUCAAUUCCAGAGUUAAAUUUAACUUUACAAAGGCAAAACCAAAAAAUAAUUGAAUAUAGUAUCAAUAACAAUUGUACUUAAUUGACAGAUACACCAAUUUUGGAAUUAAGUUAUAAGUAAGAAUUAUAAUAUUCUUUAGUGGCAAAGCAUAAAAAAUAUAUCUUCCAAUUCUGUUGUUUAGUUUUAUAGAAUUAUGUUAAAUAAAAAAAGAGUUUUAUAAGAAAAAUUGGAAGGAGUAUUUCAUUUUGAGAUCAAAUGCAUUUCAGUAUAAUCCAUAGGUUUUGCCUAGUUAUAGAGGAAUUCAAUAAAUCAGUAAAAGCUUUACCAUGAUAAAUGAAAAUAAACUUAUUCCAUAUCUAUAAGGAAUUGAUGAAAUAAAAUUUGUAGCAUAAUUUGUAUUCUUAAUUUCUCAACUUAAAGGAAUGAUUAAGUUCGAGUUAAUUCCACAGAAAAAAAUGAUAAUUUAUGUGGGAGUAGAUAAAAAAUAACAAGGACAAUCCUAAGUACUUCUGGAAAAAAUUAUUAUGUGCUAUUAAUCAAUAUUUUAAAUGGAAUGA